GGCGCGGGCUGGGCGGGCCGGCGGUCAUGGCGGAGCCGGCGGCGGCUGCUGCGGGCCUGGGCCGAGCCGAGCCCGGCGGCGCGGGCGCCGACCCGUUGCUGCCGCAGGGAGAGAACGGGGUGGAUGGCAGAGCGAUUCGCGUGGGCACCCGCCGGAGCCAGCUGGCCCGGAUUCAGACUGACAGUGUAGUUAUGAUGCUCCGUGAGCUAUACCCUGACCUCUGCUUUGAGAUUGCAGUGGCCAUGUCAACAACUGGGGACAAGAUCUUGGAUACAGCACUUUCCAAGAUUGGAGAGAAGAGCCUCUUCACCAAAGAGUUGGAAACUGCACUUGAAAGAAAUGAAGUUGACCUUGUGGUUCACUCCCUGAAGGACCUGCCAACUUGUCUUCCUCCCGGCUUUACAAUUGGUGCUGUCUGCAAAAGGGAAAACCCACUUGAUGCUGUUGUCUUUCAUCCUAAAAACUGCGGGAAAACACUGAGCCUCCUUCCUGAGAAGAGUGUGAUUGGAACCAGUUCACUUCGGAGAGCAGCUCAGCUCAAGAAGAAGUUCCCUCAUUUGGAAUUCAGGGAUAUUAGAGGAAACUUAAAUACCCGUUUAAAGAAGCUAGAUGAGAAGGAAGACUUCAGUGCCAUCAUCCUGGCUGCUGCUGGGCUGAAGAGAAUGGGCUGGGAAAAUCGCAUUGGGCAGCUCCUAGGCCCUGAAGAUUGUCUAUAUGCUGUUGGACAGGGUGCCUUAGCAGUGGAAGUUCGUGCCAAAGACCAAGAGAUACUGAAUAUGGUAUCUGCCCUGCAUGAUGCAGACACUGUGUUGUGCUGCAUUGCUGAGAGAGCCUUUAUGAAGCGUUUGGAGGGUGGAUGUAGCAUCCCUGUUGCUGUCAACACCCUGCUGAAGGAUGGCCAGUUGUAUUUGACAGGAGCGGUCUACAGCUUGGAUGGAUCUGAUAGCCUGAAGGAGACCAUGCAGACCAGUGUUAGUUAUCCCCACCAGAAUGAAGAUGGACCGAAUGAUGAUGUGCAACAUGUUGGCAUCACGGCCAAGAAUGUACCUGGUCAGGCCCAGGAAGCUGCAGAGAACCUGGGUGUUGAACUAGCUAGUUUACUUCUGAGCAAGGGAGCAAAGCAUAUCCUUAGUGUGGCAAGGCAGCUCAAUGAUACCCGCUGAACCUGGGGUGUAGCCAGCAGGAGUGGUACAACUGUAACUACAAGUCUUUGCAGCUACACCAUGAUCCUUUGGAGGGAUUUAUUUCAACAUUCACACCAGUCUAAACUGAUGCUUGGAUGUAAAAAGCCUCAAAUAUGAAGUUAACUAACUUGAGUAGUUUCUGCUCUUCAGAGAUUUCAUCCCUCUCUGCAUUUCUCUAAAUUGUUGAUUGUCUCUCGGAAUUUUUGUAGCUAGGUGUGGAGACUGGCAGGCCUGCUGUGGCUUUAGCCACACCUCUACCCUGGAGAGAUGUUCCUUGAAUCAGUUGUGACUUGUUUAUCUCAGUCCUUCUGGAGAGAUGCCCCUUGGGUGGGCACAUCCUGCCUUAUCAUGGUGAGCUAUCCCAAAGGCUUCAGUGAUCCCACUAUGCCUUAGUACCCACGGUAAUCCUUUGUAGCCCAUUGGUCUUUCACCCUUUGGUACCACCCUUGCUUUCCCCCAUAAAAACCCCAGCUUUUCCCCAAGUUCUUGAGGGAGCUGUCGUUCCUGGGCCCCUUCACAGAGCUGCUGGAUAAUAAAGGAACCUUUGUGGAA